UCGUACGAUCGACAGUGAUAGGGGACCCUCGAUUCGAUCGCCUAGUCUAUCAAGAUCGAUCAUAAACAAUAUUCUUUCAGUUCAGUGCCACAGCUGGAUCGGAAGAUGGCGUUUAGAAAAAUCAUCGGUUACUUACUGAUAGUCGCGCAAGUGUGCAGUGUGUUGUCCCAAAACGAUCCCGCCUGCACGACACCAACUCGUAGGGCAGGAUUCUGUGUGCCAAUCGGACGUUGUCGAAACAUUAACGCUAUUGUCCAGUCAUCUACACCACCUAGUAGGGGCAUCCAGAACUAUAUAAACCGUGCCGGCUGCACUUUGUCCGGUGUGGUGCGUAGUAUCUGCUGCCAACCAACGGAAAUCGUCCCUGACACAGCUGUGUCCAAGUGGAGGUUAUUACCGACGGAAACGUGUGGCAAAAGCAUCUACCAAAAAGUCGCUUGGGGCAAUACAACGGACCCAUUCGAGUACCCGUGGAUGGUAGUGCUGCGGUACAUAAGAAAUGGGGAGGUUAAAGAUCAAUGCGGAGGAUCGUUGAUCAACAACCGCUACGUCUUGACGGCAGCACAUUGCGUGAGAACUGGUAACGGUUGGACUCUAUUUAAACUACGACUUGGUGAACAGGACAAAAGUCAACCUAUUGAUUGCAUAGUUUAUAGCAAUGGAGAAAGAAGCUGCGCCGAUCCACCGAUUGAGGUUGACAUAGAAUCAACGGUGGUGUAUCCUGGAUACAAUAGUCCAUUUGGCCGGCACGACAUAGCUUUGAUUCGAAUGGCACAAGCAGCCACAUACACUGAUUCCAUUCAACCAAUUUGCCUACCAACUAGAGAGGAUGUUCGGAAACUACAGCUGCCGAGAUUUAUCGUGGCCGGCUGGGGUAUGACAGAGAACCAAACGGAUUCGGACGUUUUAAUGCAAGCUACGCUGGAUUCUGUCCCAGUACCCGAAUGCCAACUUACCUUAAGAAGGAACGGUCUUAUAAUAGACCUUUCAGAGGAACAUCAAAUGUGCGCUGGUGGUAAAAACCGUAUUGACUCUUGCAAGGGCGAUUCAGGAGGACCCUUAGGAUUCAGCAUAGGACUCGUAGGUGCCCGUUUUGUUGAAUAUGGCAUUGUGUCGGCCGGUAUCCAAUCUUGUGGUAUAAGGAGCGUACCGGGAAUUUAUACUCGUGUAUCUCCCUAUAUGGAAUGGAUAGUCGACAAUAUGCAACCGUGAUCGUGAUCAUCUCGCUGGGUCGGUUUCGACCAAACACGUAGCUUAUUCUAAACAAUAUACAUAUUUAACUAAAAUGAAAUGUUUAGUAAUCAAAUAUGUGCAAACAAAUUAUGAAAUAUAUACAACUUGACUGUUA